CGCCGCCGCCCGCCGCGAUGGGAACCUGGGCCCUGGCCGGGAUGGCGCUUUGCAGCCUGGCUGCUGUGGCGACGCUAGUCUCAGCUGAUGAAGACUGCAAGUGGUUCAUGGACAGGAAUGGCUCAUGGCAUCCCGGCUUCAGCUGCCCCUUCUUCUCCUUCUGUUGUGGUGACUGCUACCAUCGCUUCUGCUGUUAUGACACCAGCAAACUCAUCACUGAGCGGCAGCAAAAGCACUGCAUGGCAUUCAGCCCCAAAGCAAUUGCUGGUAUUGCUUCAGCUGUGAUACUCUUUGUGGCCAUUGUUGCCACCAUUGUCUGUUGCUUCCUGUGCUCCUGCUGCUACCUGUAUCAACGACGGCAUCACAGUCAGACACCUUAUCAAGAUCACGAGAUCCCCCUGUCUGGAUACCCCCCUCAGGCUCUAGGACCUUACCCAGUGGACCCCAAAGCAGGGUCAGCACAAUUUCAACCUUAUGCUCCUGUGGCUCCUUAUCCCCCUGAAGGUCCGGCAGCACAGUACCCUUUAUACCCACCUGGACCACCAUACUACCAUCCUACAGCUCCCCCACCUUACCUCCCACCACAGCCUUCACAGCCCUACACCUGAAGAACAAUUUAACAGAGACUGUACAACAAAAGCCUUUCACCCUGGGCCUGCAAGUUACAUCUCCACUACAGAGCUUGUGUGAGUCUCCUGCCACACUGGAGUUUCCAUAUUGUUCUCUGCCAUUUUCCUUACUUGGUUGUUUUUUGCUCUGCAUGAUAGGAAGCAUUUUUAAAAUUGUUUUCCUCUGCCCUGCCCCCCUUUCUGACUGUAUUAUUGAGGGAAGAUUCUUCUCCUCGUCAUCUCCCAUCUGAGCUCAUAAAAGGCCUGGUGCAAGCACAGCAAAACAAGAUAUGUUA